AUGACCAGUGCUCCAUGCGCACAUGAACCCACCAUUUCGUACCAAUUCCCAUCGUUGUCUGGGAGCCCGUCUCCUCCCCCCAUUGUACCCUCGUCGCCCGAUCUGGCGUACCAAAACCAACCCGGGCCCUCCACUCCUUACCUCGCCCUCCUGCCUCCUGAAGACGAGAUCCCAGACCUCGACGAGCUGCCCUCCGAACAACCACCCUCGCCUCCACCUACCACGCCUGCCCCUACCAUGUCAGGACAUCACCACAUCACCCUCGCCGCCAACCCCCCAUACUUCGAUGGGGACAAGUCCAAAUAUCUGGGCUUUGUGGACGCGUGUACCACUUACAUUGGUGCCUACCGAUCGGGAUUCACGCUAGACGAGACAAAAAUCCUCUUCGUCCUCUCCUACCUCCGUAAUGAAACCGGCACAAGCUGCGCCGCCUCGAGAUGGGCAAUGAACUGGAAGCAGCAUAACUUCGAUGGCUUCCAGGGACUGAAGGCAGGGAUCACAGCCAAGACCUUCUUGGAGGAACUGCAGAGGACUUUUGGGGACUCCAAUGCGGAACAAGUCGCCGCUGCCCGACUCAUGGCCCUGCGCCAAAACAAACGGUCCUUCGCGGACUACAUCUCCGACUUCGAGAUGUUGGCUGCAGAUGCGGGAUACAAUGUGGUUGACACCACCGACGACAAGGGCGAAUACAAGAAGGGGGACCAAGACAAUAUCCUCAUCGAGUUCCUGGAGCGCGGACUCAGCAGCAAAAUUGCCAGUUGUCUCUACAACACCGGUGUUCCCCUGCCCAAGGCAUACGGCGCCUUCAAGAACUGGUGUGUCAACAUUGAGGCCAAUGCCUUGCGCAAUCAGCUGCCGGCACCUGCACCUGCUCCGACCCGACCGACGGCCAAUGAACCGGUUCCGAUGGAGAUUGAUUGCACCCACGCCCGCGGCCGCAAUAUCAUCUGCUACAACUGUCAGCAGCCUGGGCACAUUGCGCGGAACUGCCCGGAACCAAGGAAGAAGCGCACAUUCUUCAAUCGGGCCACGAUGCUUGAAGAGAUUGAGAACGGGGACAAGGACAACGAGUUCCUCAAGGAGAUUGCCGAGAAGCUGCGCGAGAAGGGUUUUUGA